CCUCUCGAGAUGUACUGAGACUUCUUCUCUGGUACUGGUGAAUGACUGGUACAGGAUAUCUAUCUGGGUUUGUGAAGAUCGCGUCUCCCUGAUCCACUGGGAUGAUUCAUUGGUAGGUUCUUUAAGCCAUACUCCAAUAAAAUAUGCAAGGAUAUCACAUUUCAGCCUUGUCAACCCAACGACCUCGCGGGGACUUGUAUCAAGACAUUGCGAAUUCUCUGCUCUAACUAUUCUCUGGCAAAAUCCAUGGCACAACUCUCACAGGAGAAUGGUCAAUAUCAGGUAUGGAUCAUCUUCAUAGUACAGGUAGGUCUUUUCGACCUACAGGCUUUUCGCGGCUUUCCCCCCUCUCUCCCUCCCCUUUCUCCUUUUUGCUCAGCCUCAUAUGACAGCCUUGUCACCUUUCAUCAUUCCUAGGCUUCACCAGAAGUUGGGGACUCGUCAAAGAUCAAUUAUCUUGUUCUUCGCCAGACUUGCCUUCAAUCAUUUUUCGCCUUCACAUCCAUUCAUGUUCACGUUUACGGAUUUCACGUGAUGCUGGAUGAGCCUACAGGCAGUAAUGACCUUUUUACACAGCACCCUAACUUGGUGUGAAUCUUCACGCUUGGCACUUUGUUGUUCAAGCUACUACCAUGCAACUGCUGCUCUCCUGUCACACCUGGCUUUGAUAUUUGUCUUUCUCACACACCGCGUUUGCCUUGAUCGUGUUUAGCAGCAAUCAUUGAUCCCUAAGACUUCAAAAUGGCAAAGAAAAUACAAACACAAACCCCCCUUAAUGGGCCACCUCAAUUCUACUUCGUCGACAAGCUGUCCGCCACCAAACAGAAGCUUGAGAUCAGCAAAGGAAUGAGCGUAAAGGACAUCCGGGAUCUUCUUUCACAGACCACGAGGAACUUUAGGUCUUUAAUCAAAGGGACAAGACAUCCGCCACACCCUGAACAGGGGUACACCAAUGCUGAUGGGCCAUGGAGAUAUCGACUGUCCCGCGCUGACGGAAGCCAUCACCCUGGGCGUCGCGUGAAUGAUACAGAUGAUACAGAUGAUACAGAUCCAUGGAGGAUCUUUCAGACAGACAAAGAUCUUGAAACCUUGUGGGAGCAGUUGCAGCCAGGCUGUGAGGCUAAAGGAGGCGAAGUGGAGUUUCAACACUCCAUGCAGCUCUUUCGAGACCAGAGAACGCAGGCGCGAGACAUUCCUCUACAUUUACAGCUGGAGCCGUCGCCGUCGCCGUCACCAUGGGGCAAGUUGCAGUCUGCAAGAGUGAAUCUUCACAAGGUGACGGCUACUCUGACCGGGCAUUCCAAAGAAGAUAAAACUUCUCCAUCCUCCCAAAUUCUGUCGGCAACCCUCUCUUCUUCCGAACGCCCUCCAAAGCCCUCAACACCUUCCGAAACAGUCAUGCUCAAGGUUUCGUUCGACGCUGGUUUGGAGGCAACGGAGAGCUAUCUCUCAAGAGAAGCGGCGGUGUCCAGACCCAUCAUUGUUGAUGGCUCAUCGGCCCAGGAUCGAUUUGAGGAUGUUGAACAUGGUGGAGGCGAUCAAACCGGCUCUCUUCAAGCUUCAUCGACGCAACAGGCAUCGUCGUCAUCGGAUACAGCAACGGCAGAACCUUCCUCUCUUCCUCCUUCGUUACAUCAUCGAGGGGUGCCACGUGCAACGGGUGGUGCUCAACACACUCCAGCUUCACAAGACCGUCAAGAGGUUAGUUUUUACCCGUACAGCUACAGCAGCCUUAGGUGGCCACCUGCACCCAAAACGAGCCCCAAAACUUUCAUGCUCAAUCUUCCACCUCCUCGAGCCGCUAACGUCAACUAUCAUGGUCGAGGUCGUGGUCGUGGUCGUGGCAGACGGGCUUUCACUGGACGCGAGACUUUUCGGCGGCCGGCAGCUUUUCUCCCACAGCCGUACGGUCAAUCCAUGGAUCAUGAACGAGGAGGACAAUACACAUUCGAUCAGGGCAACGCUGGUAUGCAACUGGGAAGACAAGGUCCACAAGUCCGGUGGCCAAGAAAUCCACGUCCGAUGACGAGUUCGCUAGAACUAGCAGGACAAUACACAUUCGAUCAGGACAACGCCGAUAUGCCAUGGGGAGGACAUGAUAUACCAAACGAAUUCCUGAGAUAUCCGCAUCGAAUGACAAAUCCGCAAGAACUAGCAGGCCAAUACACAUUCGAUCAAGGCAGCGCUGGUAUGCAAUUAGCAAGACAAGGCCCGCCAGCCGAAUGGCUAGGGAAUCCGCGUCCGAUGACGAUUCCGCAACACCAUGCAACAUAUCAUGGAGCAGCAUGGAAUCCCCAGAAUCCAACCAAUAAUCCCGGCUUCAACACCGAUCUCUGGAACGGAACGGAUACUCGGGCUAUGACUAGUCGAGCUGUUGGUCAAGUUCCAGACCGCUUUGCACCAAGCGCCUUCAAUCCACAGAUGCAGAGUCAGGAAAUGUUCAACAUGCACAUGGGUCAACCUCCCACAUUUCAAGGCUCACAUUGGUCGACUCCGACCAAAUUUAACGGGUUGCAUAAUCAGAUGGCUAACACUGGGGCUCAUGUGACGAACAAUACUUAUCAACACCAGCCAGAUCAAAUGAUGAACUUGACCUUUCAAGAUCCACCGCUGAGUGUGAGGACAACCAGCAAUGCCGACCAGUCACGGUCUGCCCCGCCGAAAAAAAGCCGUGGUGGUGGUAAGAAACAUCAGUCACGGUCUCCCCCGCUGACAGGCAACCGUGGUAGGGGUAAGAAACAUCACGGAGCUAAGAAGCAUUCGAACAUUGGUCUGGACGUGAAGGAUAACCAGGACUCAGAGAAGGCCACGGUGAAGUCUCAGUCCAUCAAAUUUGGAUCUGCACCAUACGUGGUCCCUUCCAAUGUUGAACUUCCUGCAUCGGGUCCCCAGUGACCACAAAGUCUAGGCUCCGGAGGUUGCCAUCGAAGACACGACUCACAAGCAAGCCGGAAAUGACUUGGACGCGUUGCAGAAGGCAACGGAAGCAAUUGAAGAAAAUCCAGAAUGAAAAAAAUAAAAUAAAAACCAUCGAGUACACAGAUCAGCAACGGACAAGACCAGCCGACACCAGGAACGACGAUCAUGGCUGUUUGAGGAAAGCGGUUCAUUGGAUUGCGAGCGUGGCACAAAUGGCUGAGCUGGGCUGACCCAGUAAGCUUGGAGAUUGUAGAUAUUGGAGAGUUUCUUCCCAUUCAUAUGAACAAUCAAUCAAUCAAUCAACCAACCAACCAACGAGCUUAGAGCAAGCGAAUUUGGAAAUCCGGGAAUGGGCGGGUUAUGUACAAGUAUGUCUAGGUGAUUGGGGAGAGCCCUGAAUAGAAAUGGAG